CGACGGGCCGUGGGCGCAAUUCCAAGUCGAGUUCAAGUCGCCGUGGAAGUGCCUCCCGUCGGUGGGGUCGACUCCGUUCAGCAUCGCCAAGGACGGCAACGUGCAGUGCUGGUCGGACAACGGACGCGACUGUGCGUGGUCGGCCGACUGCAAGUCGCUGGUCGCGUCGGGCGCGCAGCCCAAGAUGCCCCUCGUGUGUGGUUGCAUGCACAAGGACGUGUACGGGAUGACUGGGUACGACCAACCGACGCACUGGUGCAGCACGGCCAAGCAACUGCUGGGGGCGACGCCGCCGACCGAGUCGUGCGCGUGCAAGUUCAAGACGGGCGACGUGAUUGCGCUGCAAGGCGACACGGGGAUGUUUGCCACGCGGUGCCGCAACUGCCUUCCUGGCGCGGCCUACCCCGACUCGGUCAACUUUCAAGGACCGAUCAACGAUGGCACGCCGUACUCGUACUGGACGGUCGAGAACACUGGCGACGGCAAGCUGGCCCUCAAGGGAGACUUGGGCAACUACUUGAGCCGAUGCAACAACUGCGUGUCGGGCGCCGCGUACCCGGACCAGGCGUUUGUCCACGUGACGGACUGGCGUUCGGGCCCGUGGGCCCAGUGGACGUGUGAGGAGGCCAACAACGGCAAGAUCGCGCUCAAGGCCGACACGGGCAAGUACCUCGCUCGGUGCAACAACUGCAACCCUGGCGGCCCCGCCGACGUCGCGUUUGUCCAUGUGUCCAACUGGCGUGACGGCGACUGGUCGCAGUUCAAGGUCGUGAAGAAGCAGCAGCCGGUGAUGCUUCAGAUGGCGGCGGCGUCGUCGCAGAGCCAGACGACGUUGGUGGUCGUGUCGAUGGCGGCUGGCGCGUGUUUGGCGUUGGUGGCAGUGCAAUUGUACAACCGUCGCCGAUCGAUCCUGUCGACUCCUGCCGAGCGCAAGGGGUUUGUGGGAUUGUAAGCGCCUUGGUAGUGUCGUCCUGCAUGCCGAAACACGAUCGAUGAUCGACCUUUUCGUAAUGAAUCCUCGUGUUUCUCCA